GAGUCUUCGAGCAGGGCCUUGCCGAACCUCCCUGGCAAAGACCCCUGCUCGAUUAUAUGAGGAUGUUUUGAAGCGAUGCAGGAAGUAUAUUAAUCUGGAAGAGAUAGAGGUGGAGUUUGCGAAAUUGGAGGGGACAGCUCGGUCAGAGCCAAAGAAAGAGAAGAGCCCCCAAAGGAGCAGAUUGCCGAGGAGAAGUUCACCCAAAAGGAGUGGGUCAAAAAGAACAUCGCCUAGGAGGGAAGGUCGAGACUUGAAACUGGCGAAAAAGGAUGAUAGGUGGCAAGGGAGGCCACUGUCGUUUGAAAGACAGAGGUACCAUAAUUUUACACCUUUGAGGAAAGAUUUGACAGAAGUGCUCGAGGCGAUGGAGCAGAAAAUGUCGAGCGAGGAUGUGACGUGGCCGAAGACGAGGUUUACAGGCCCGAUUCGACCCAAGUCAGAUAUCUAUUGCCGUUUUCAUCGAGACUACGGUCAUACCACAGAAAUUUGCAGGCAUUUGAAAGAUGAGAUUGAGAGGUUGAUUCGAGCAGGGCAUUUGAAGGAGUUUGUGUAUCAGGACAGGGUGAAAGGAAAGGGAAGAAGGAGAUGUCAGGAGGAUUCAGAGGAGAGGAGUGAUAGAGAUGAGAAGGGGGAUGAUAGAGAUGGUCGAGGGAAGAAGUCGAGGAGGGACGGAGAGAAAGGAGGGCUAAGGGGCGAAACCCCUGUAAAAAGAGGGACGAUUUAUAUGAUUUCUGGAGGGCCAAUGGAUGACGACUCGAACAAUGCUAGGAAGGAGCAUGCUCGAGCAGUGAAAAAAAAGAGAGAAGAGGUUGGAAUCACGGCUCAUAUGUCGGUGAUAAGUUUUAAGGCGGAGGAUGCUGAGGGCGUGGUGUUACCACACAAUGAUGCUUUGGUGAUUACCACGGAGGUUGCGGGUUUUGAUGUGAAGAGGGUGUUUAUUGUUACCCGGUGUUCGGUAGAUGUGAUGUUUUAUGAAUAUUUUUCACAGAUCAACAAGGAGCUGAAUAUGGAGUUGAAGCCGCUGGCCAGGGCUCUCUAUGGUUUUAAUGGAGGGAAGUCAUGCCGAUGG